UGACGAAAACCAAUUUGUCCAACCGACAGUAGAAAAAGCAAGUGCAGAGAAACGAGAGAGGGAAGGCAUCAAUGGGGGCACUGACGGCAUCACUGAUAGCCAUAGUUGGAUUGGCGUUAGGCUGGAUCACCAUCGAAAUCGCCUGCAAGCCCUGCCUCGAGCAAGGCCGUGAAGCAAUUGAUCGUAAUCUCAAUCCUGAUUACGAUCCCGACGACGACGACCCUACCCUACCUCUUAAUCCUAACCCUCUUCCUUCAGAUCACAACGUUUCUGCUGAUUCCAGUUCCACAGUCGCCAAGAUUGUCUGAUUGUUCCACCAUAUCUCUUCGUUUCGAUGUUCGUUUCACCUGAUUUCGUACGUCUUCCGUCUCUUUGUUUAUUUCUUCUGAUUAAUUUUAUUAUGUUGUCAUCUGUUUUGAAAUUGAACGAAAAACGAGAAGAGUCCUUCCCAAACUUGAUAUAAACGGCAAUUCGACAUGAUUUAGAAGAUGAAGUCUCGUUGAAAUCAUUUAUGCCUUUCGAUUUGAUGCUAUCUAUUGUUAUCUUUCGUAUGUUUCAAUCUUAUCCUAAAGUUGUUAUC